AAAAUAAAAACAAAACUUGUGUUUCCAUUUCUUGGUGUUGAGUCAUUCAGAAGCCAGUGUCUGGACGACGUCGAGUGUAUCACUAAGUACUUCAAAAAUAUUGUCCACCACUUUAAUACAAAUGAGCUGAAAAGUAAAGAGUGCUCCAAGUGAAGGCAUACACCACACAGUAAUCAUGACAGACACAAUGAACGGCAGUAGCUCCGGCCAUGAUUCCAGAACUAAAUGCUCAAUACAGACGGCACUUCAGAAAUGCGGUGAUUGCGGGCAGAACUUUGACACUAAAAACAGACGAGCCAAAUAUCUUCCGUGUUUACACACAUUCUGUGAACGCUGUCUGGCUAAACAGACGAAAGAUAGAGAUUUCUUUGCGUGUUCAGAGUGCUCGAUGCAGGUUUAUGUCCCAUCAAAUGGCGUUAAAGGUUUUCAGGAGAAUUAUUUCAUCAUGAAUCAACUAGAAAAAUAUCGAAAAGAUCCUAUAUCUGAAAAAAGGCGCCGGAAACUAAGUUGCAGACGAUGUAACAGAAAUUCUCCAGCCGAGGCCUGGUGCGUGGAGUGCCGGACGUUCAUAUGUAUGCGUUGUAUACGCGCGCACAACGAACACCCUCUGGUCACUCAUGAAGUUUGUCACUUGACAAGGCUGAAUUCGUCGAUGAGACGAAAGGUAGCUCAAUCCAGAGAACGAUGUCUUCACCAUCUUAAAGAAGGUGUCGAAUACUUCUGCCAGAAACCUGGAUGUAAUAAGCCAAUUUGUGAAAAGUGUCUUCAAAAUGAACACAACGAACACAACCACGACGUUACAUCUUUGACCGACCUAGUUACGAGAUACAAAGAAGAACUACAACGACUGAUGCAAGACGUCAAAGAAAAAGAAAGAGUUAUGUUAAAACAGUCAGAGAACAUCCAGUUGGAAAUCAAAGAAUUAUCGAAUAUGAUGAAUGAAACAGAAAUGCAGAUCAGAGAAUUCUAUAACGAAUGCCGACAGCGGAUUAACCAACAAGAACAGAAAGCCCUUUCUCAGCUUGGUGACUUAAGAUCGUUCUGGUCGACAUCUCUUUGCAAGCAGCGUGAUGAUGUCACCCAAACUUUGUCUCGCAUCUGCGCAGGAUCGACAUUUACCGCCAACUCGAUGGAGUAUGGUAGUGACGUACAGAUCGCCCGAUCUCAACCGCUGAUGAAAGCUCGGCUCCAGGAAUUGUCGUCAAUGGAUGUGGAAAUUCGCCCGCAAACAAUAGGUGCCCUACAUUUCGACUGUAAUAAACAAACAGUAUUAGAUGUAAUUGAAGACAUAAUAAAAAACGGGUCUGCCAUUAUUGCCAGCACCGUAUUUCCACGAAACACACGGGUCUCUGUUCCAUCUGCCCUCGUACAUACUGAUUGCGUAGUAACAGUGGAACCAAGAGAUAAAUAUGGUAACAAAUGUGGUAGUUUAGUUGAAGGAGACAUUUUUACUGAGUUAUCGUGUGAACUUUUUUGUAAUGAAUCAAUACAACAUUCUUUGCGAAAUAAUGGAAAAGGCUCGUUUGAAAUUUUAUACAAUCCAAAAUAUAUCGGAGAGCAUAAACUAGGGAUAAAGAUCCUCGGUAAGAGUUUAGAGAAGAAAUUUCCCAUUCGGGUCUAUCCGUUUAUCUUACACCCGCAAAUGGGUUAUAAGGGCGAACUUUGCUACAUUAUUGUCGAAACACCGCACUGCACCUGUCCUGCUACCCCUCACAACAUUAUGGUCGAUGACAUCUCAGCUGUACGAAUAAAGUCUCCUUCUGGCCGGAAUUUAAGUUACAAUAUUCGAGAUAAUCGUGAUAAUACGUAUAGUAUUACAUUUAGACCAAACGAACAUGGUGAACAUACCGCUGACGUGAGUAUCAACUGCAAAGCAACAUUUAGUGUUGAAAGAAAAAUUGUGAAAAUGAAUAUAGUGAAUCGCGUAGAAAGUUUGUUGCCACCGUCACGGUACGUGGCGCGUCGUAGUCCUAUCCUUACUCCAAGAGCCAACAGUCCACGUAUCAGCCCAAAGCCGAGCCCAAAGUUUAAUCAUAAACCUAGAAACGCCUUGGAAAGUCCACUAAGUUCACCAUUGGGUACGCCGUCCGGAAGUCCUAUUUUGCCCCGUGUACCCCAAAAAAUAUCAAUUGUACCUUUUGAAGAGGAUAUUUCCUAAUAAUAUAUAAAAUGAACGUUCGACAUACUUAAAUUUACUGUGCUGAUGUUCAUAAUCGUAUGCUCUCUGCUCGGCUGGAAAAUUUAAAAUACUGUUUAUUUGAACAUAAAACUGUUUCCCGUUUCAACCCUUAUCCAACAUUGAACAAGGAACACACAAAAAUAAUCGGAAAUUAAUAUAUCCUCAAAAACAACAAGUAGGCAUAGGUCUAGGUGUUUGCUGACCUUGCCAAUGCUAUACGAGUGUAUGUGAGUGGACCUGAUGGGAAUUAAAUUACGGUACAUCAGGCCUACGAGAAACAUAUUUUUGAUUUUAGCUUUUUAGAUUAGACACAAUAAUAAUAAUAAUAAUAAUAAUAAUAAUAAUAAUAAUAAUAAUAAUAAAAAUAAUAAUAAUAAUAGUAAUAGUAAAAAUAAUAAUAGGAAUAAUAAUCAAACACUUUUAAUGCGCCAGUUUAAAAAAAAAUCAAAGGCGCAAUUUACCCUUAGAGGCUGUUAAAUAAAUGUUUUUAAAUUAAAAGAAAAUCAACGAGACCUUCCAUGUUUCCGUAAUACUUGAUUGCUUCAGUUACAUUAUAAAAUUAAUUUGCUGUAAUCACCCUCCCAUACCUACUUAUCAUGUUCAUAUCCGGGUGAAAAGAUUAAUGAAUUGAGUUUUGAAUGUUAAGUAGGGAAAUAAUAAUACUGUAGGUCCAUAUGUAUGCAAAUGAAUACGUUUUCAUAGCAAGGAAAGAGGCUUAACGUUUGUGUUUGUUUCAUUAUUAUUAUUAUUAUUAUUAUUAUUAUUAUUAUUAUUAUUAUUAUUAUUAUUGUAUUAUAUUAAAACUAUUGCUGUUACGUUUAUUAAUUGUUACUAUACUGUAUUACUGUUACUAUGUUGUUAUACUGUAUACCGUAGCUAUUUUUACUGUUAUUUUGUCCACUUAUAUAGAACAUAUUGUCUCUAAUUCUGCGCUUUGUUGCAACAUAAAUUACAAAAAUAUUAUACAGGUCUCUCUCUAAUUAAAAGUCCUUUCCAAUUAGAGACCCUUCUAGUUAAAGACUUCUGUCAUCCCUAAAUUAACAAAUGCCUUUUAUCUUUAUUAUUCUUAUUGAAGACCAAAGCUGCUAAAGACUGAAAACCCUGAUCCCAAACGUUGUCUUUAGGGAGACUUGUAAUUAAUUUGGUUGAUGAACAGGCAUAGUUUGAUUAUUUCAAUAAGCACUUUCUUAGCUUUACAUUGGAAACUAAAAUGAGAACGUAUUUUCUUCGCUAAUUUCAUAAGGCGUAAUCAGUUUCUAUUCAUCGCAUAGACCCGUGUUUUCUCGUAUACCGUAAUCGUUCGUAGUUAUGUAUGCCAGAGAGCAGCUGCUGUGUUUGGAGUUUAGAACUCGUUAGUUUAAGCCUGCUUCCAUAAAAUCGCUGCAGUGUUUUCACUGCAAUCGUUGCACUGCUAUUCCCGACAUAAUCGAGAAGGUUCAGCGAUUCAACAGACCAAUCAGCGUCUCCGAUGUUGGCGAUAGCGUGUAACAAUUUUAUGAUGGAAAUUAGGCCUUUAAAUGCAUUUUUAGGAUUUUACGACAGAGAGUAUAUCUUUAAUAACUUUCCUUAUGGAAAUAAUGAUGCAUAUUUAAAUUAUAUACAGUACUAGAAUAUUAUAAUUAUUAGAUGACAGUAUUGAAUUUUAACAUAAAUCACAUUCCUAUUUCAAUAAUAAUAAAUAAUACAUUUUGAUACCUGCUUUUUAUUAGUGUAGAUUCUUAACAAAGCAAAAGAUACAAUUUGUAGAUAUUGUAAACAAUAGUUUUUAUUUCGCAAAUACUUAUCUUAGCAAUCUAGAUUUAAAAUACACAGUUCAUCAUACUGCAUCUUGUGAAAUAAAUAUUUUAGAUAAUUUU